AGUUCCAAACCCAUUGUUAUGAGCUUCAGAUCCAAGAUUAGGGUUCCAAAGGGUUCAAAAUUCCCUCACCAAAUUCCCCAAAUUCCUUUCUCAAUUUUUCUAUUUUCAAUCCUCAGUAGCUCAAUUAGGUGCUCAAUUUCUUGAUCCUUGAAAUUCCGGUCGCUCCUUGAUAGAGUCUGGUUCUCAGAGGGAGCUCAAAAUUAGGGGCAAAAUGGAGACGCAGAGGAUAAUUGAAUUUCCUCAUCAGAAUAUGGAUAAGCGGCCCAGAAAGAGACCUCGAUUAACUUGGGAUAUGCCUCCUCCUCUUCCUCCUCCCCAGCUGCUCCCAAUAUACUGCGGGCCGGAGUUUGGAAAUGGGCCGAUUCCCAAUUAUACAUAUACGUCUAUGUUUUAUGGGGGAUUGCCUCGGAAUGCCUCCCCUCCGUGGAGGCCUGAUGAUAAAGAUGGUCAUUAUGUGUUUGGCAUUGGAGAUAAUUUAACCCCUCGAUAUAGGAUUCUCAACAAAAUGGGAGAGGGGACUUUUGGGCAAGUGUUGGAGUGUUUGGACAAUGAAAAGAAAGAACUUGUGGCUAUUAAAAUUAUCCGCUCCAUACAUAAGUAUCGUGAAGCUGCUAUGAUUGAAAUUGAUGUCCUACAAAGGCUUGCAAGGCAUGAUAUUGGUGGCACUCGUUGUGUGCAAAUUCGGAAUUGGUUUGACUAUCGUAAUCAUAUUUGUAUUGUAUUUGAGAAGCUUGGACCUAGCUUAUACGAUUUUCUUCGCAAAAACAGCUACCGUUCAUUUCCCAUUGAUCUUGUUCGGGAGCUUGCCAGACAACUUUUGGAGUCUGUAGCAUUUAUGCAUGAUUUACGCCUGAUUCAUACUGAUUUGAAGCCGGAAAAUAUUCUGCUUGUUUCCUCCGACUACAUCAAAGUGCCAGACUAUAGGUUUCUAGCACGGUCAACUAAAGAGGGUUCUUAUUUCAAGAAUCUGCCCAAGUCAAGUGCCAUCAAGCUCAUUGAUUUUGGAAGUACAACAUUUGAACAUCAGGAUCAUAGCUAUGUGGUGUCAACACGCCAUUAUCGUGCACCUGAGGUUAUUUUAGGUCUUGGGUGGAACUAUCCUUGUGAUAUAUGGAGUGUGGGCUGCAUACUUGUUGAACUUUGCUCUGGUGAGGCCCUUUUUCAAACACAUGAGAACUUGGAGCAUCUUGCCAUGAUGGAGAGGGUGUUGGGACCACUGCCGCAGCAUAUGGUGCUCAGAGCUGACCGUCGUGCUGAGAAAUAUUUUAGGAGGGGAGCACGACUCGAUUGGCCUGAUGGGGCCGCAUCUAGGGAAAGCAUGCGAGCAGUAUUCAAAUUACCCAGAUUACCGAACUUAAUAAUGCAACAUGUGGAUCACUCCGCUGGUGAUCUUAUUGAACUACUGCAAGGGCUCCUAAGAUAUGAGCCCACAGAGCGGCUCAAGGCAAGGGAAGCACUAAGACAUCCCUUUUUCACUAGAGAUGUGAGAAGGGGUGGCUAUCCCCUUUAACAACCUUACUCAUCUACAUCCGUCAUGAGCACAAAAGCUUCAGAGCUUAAAUGAGACUUGUGAUUUUUCAACUGUAUGAUUGUUUAUGUAUAGUAAAGCCUCCCAUCUCUCAUUUCUUGUCAUCGGUUUCUUGUUCCUGUCUUGGUUCUAUAUUUUGAUAAAUUGGUGUUUGUUUUGUGAUUUUGAUGACGAAAAUGCUCGACUUAAAGAAUAAAUUCAAACUACAUUGAUGUUCUUCUGCCUGAUUUGCCCUCUAAACCUAACUUAACAUACAUUAGAGCAAUGAGGAGGUAAAUUGGGAUGUGUUUUGUUUGGCUUUAGCUCCGCCAAGUACGGUUCAAGCUCUACAAAACUAUUAGGACUGUCGAAGCAUGGUCAUCAAGCAUUUAAAAAUAAUUUUCCCUCAUCUUUGUUCCCCUAGAUUUAACAUCUCAAACAAGUUAUCUUUGUUCCCCUAGAUUUAACAUCUCAAACAAGUU